AAUAGAACAUCUUUACCAGCUCCAAUGAUGUCUCGAGAAGAUAUCACGAUUUGGUCUAUCUUGAAACAUUCCAUAGGAAAGGAUCUAUCAAGGAUAACAAUGCCAGUCUAUUUCAACGAGCCUCUAUCCUUCUUACAACGACUUGCUGAAUACAUGGAAUAUGAUCAGCUAUUGGAUAUUGCAGCAGAAAGCCAAGACCCACUCAUACGUAUUCAAUAUGUCGCCGCUUUUGCUGUGUCCAGCUCAGCAUCUAACUGGAAUAGGAUUGGUAAACCUUUUAAUCCAUUACUGGGAGAAACUUAUGAGCUAGUAACGCAUCGAUUUCAGUUAGUAACUGAGCAGGUUAGCCAUCAUCCACCUAUAUCGGCUUUCCACUGUCGCUCUUUGAAUAACAACUACAGCCUUAGCCUGUCAGUCCAACCUAAAUUGAAAUUCUGGGGCAAGGGUGUAGAAGUCAUUCCUAAAGGUGUAGCAAUUCUGGAAUUUCCAAAACUAGGGGAAAUCUAUACUUGGUCGCAAGUAACAACUUACAUUCACAAUGUCAUUACCGGCAAACUAUGGAUCGAACAGUAUGGCAAUCUCGACGUGAUCAAUCACACUAAUGGCUAUAAGUGUAGUAUAAACUUUAAGCCAAGUGGCUGGUUUGGAAAAGAUCUUAAUCGCUUACAAGGCUUUGUCACUGAUGCUAACAAAGAAAAAGCGUAUUCAUUAGAGGGGAAGUGGACUGAGGAAUUGCAUUCUAAUUUGCUCAACCCUGCCUUAAUCAAAACACGAAAAUCUAGUAAAACAUCAUUGCCAACAUCUAAAGAUGCUGAUGAAGAUCUUGAGAAUGAUGGUAAAUCUUCAUUGAAUCCAAGCCAAAGCACAGCCAAUUCCUUAGCAGUUCCAUAUCAGAAUACAAGCAAGACAUCUAGUAAUAAUGAUUUGACGGAUAAACCUAUGUAUGGUAUGACCGCAUUUUCGUUUAUGCUGAAUGAACUAACAACAACGCUUGAGAAAUAUUUACCGAGAACCGAUUCAAGAUUUAGACCAGACAUACGAUAUCUCGAAUUGGGUAGUACAGAUAAGGCAGCUAGUGAAAAACUGAGAUUGGAAGAAAAGCAGCGAGCAGCACGUCGAGAACGUGCUAAAAAUAAGACUGAAUAUCAGCCGAAAUGGUUUUAUCAAACGACGAAUAAGUUUAUUGGUGCGCAAGUAUGGGAAUUUAACGGCAAAUAUUGGAAUGGAGAUUACGAAGAUUGCCCUCAUAUUUAUGAAGAUAAAUGA